GAGGUUUCUGAUUGUACCACGUGAUAUGGCUGUCAAACAUGGCUCCCUCCUGCAAGCUGUGAGAGAAGCGACAGCUGACAAAGCGAACAGAUCUACAUAGAAACGACGGAACUUCUUUCUGUCACCUCGCAUGCUGGUCUAGAUAUAGCUCUACUUGUGAGGAACAAAGGUUGCAGCUGGUGUAAAAAGAUCACCCACGUCUCCUGGGCUUCCCACCCACGUGCUCGAUGUCAGUCGUAUGUGAGACACACCUGCCAAGUGAUGAAGACUGAUAUAAAAAGGAAGUGACGAGAUAUCCUGAACUGCUUCGGAUCACCUGUUCGGCUCACCUCCCCCCAUAUCUCCAUACAGGCUCCUUCUCACUGAAACCAUGCAAGUAAACCCAGUCCUUAUGGAGUCCGUAGUCAUCCUGGCUGUGGUUCUUUGCGUCCAUUUGGCGGUUUGGAACCAGCACUCCUGGUGCAGCGUAGCCCUUGUCAUUCAGGCAUUCUACGUCCAGUAUAAAUGGGAUCGCUUGUUAAAGUCCGGUGCUGCGGUGUUCCAGUUCCGUCCAUCUGCUAACAGUGGUAUCGUUCCAGCUUCCAUGGUUAUGCCACUGCUGGGCCUGGUUCUGAGAGAAAAGUGCUCUGCCUCAGGGAAUGUCUACUUUGAGCGCUUCUCCAUGGUGAUUACCAUCACAGGAAUGAUGCUGGCUCUGUUUCUCUCGCUGAUCGCUCUGGGUAUUACAAGACCCGUCCCCACCAACACAUGCAUAAUUGCAGGAUUGUCCGGGAGCGCGAUCCUCUACACGACGAAGCAGACCCUAACAGUGUCCGAGGUCAUCGAGGUCCUAGAGGUGUUGCUGAUCUUUGUUUAUCUCUGCCUGAUUGUUCUUUACUUGCUUCCACGGUGCUUCACACCAGGAGAGGCUCUCCUCAUUGUGGGUGGAAUAAGUUUCAUCGUGAACCAGCUCAUCAAGCGCUCGCUGAACCUGGCAGAGGUAAAGGGCGAUCCAGUGAACUACUUCCUGCCAGUGGUGGUGGUGGGUUCGCUGCUGUUGGGUGUUUUCUUCGCCUUGCUAUUCUGCUUCAUGGAGUCUGAGACUUGGGUGUCCUCCCUGUUCUUCCACAUGAUGACAGCGGUUCUGGUUCUGGGUAUCCUGAUGCCGUGGCUGUCGCUGUUCAUCGGCCGACACCCAAUCAUGUGGCUUUUGGACUUUCUCACCCUGAAUGACCGAAGACUCUGUUUGCUUGGAUAUUGGGUGUUUCUUGUGGUCGUAGCGACCUGUGUCGUUCUACAUCAGAACUAUAAACGCCAGUCGGGAUCCAAGAAGCACCAGGCCUCCACGGUCGUUAGGAAGUAUUUCCACCUGAUCGUUGUGGCGACCUAUGUUCCAGGACUGAUAUACGACAGACAGCUGCUCCACGUGGCGUCUGUGGGAUGUUUGGCAGUUUUCUUGUUGUUGGAGUAUGUACGGUACUUUCGAAUUCUUCCUUUUGGUCAGCUGCUCAGGCAGCUCCUCACCUUGUUCCUGGACGAACGGGACUCUGGCCCUCUCAUUCUGACCCACAUUUACCUGCUGCUUGGCAUGUCUUUGCCCAUUUGGCUGUUUCCUGGACCUUGUGCUCCCAAGGGGAUCCUCACCGGGGCAGGGGGCCUGGUACCUUAUGCAGGCGUGCUGGCAGUGGGAGUUGGAGACACCGUGGCGUCUGUUUUUGGCAGCACCAUGGGGGAGAUCCGUUGGCCGGGGACCAAGAAAACCUUAGAGGGAACAGCAACGUCCGUGUUUGCCCAGAUCAUAGCCGUGGCGAUGUUCCUCAUCUUUGAUGCAAACAUCAAUCUGAACUCCACCUACUCAUGGAUUGUUGGCUCUAUCACCCUGGUGGCAUUGCUGGAGGCCUACACCUCCCAGAUAGACAAUCUGCUGCUCCCGCUCUACCUCUUCAUCCUGCUGUUGCUUUAAAUGAACAAAUAAAAGAAACGAUGGAUGUGUUCAGAUGUUUAUUGUGAGGAAGCCAAUUUAUGAAGAAAAUGUCUUAAAGGAAAGUCAAUAGCAGAAGCCCUUUAGGAUUCAUCUGAGAGAACGAAGAGAUAAAACCAAUCGACACAGAAAAUCUGCUGAAAAUGUCGC